CGCUUGUUGACAAACAGUUUCUUUUUUAUUUUGGAAGAAGUUUUACAACAAGCUCCGGACACUAGCAGUCAGAAAAAUGUCCACGCCGAGGUUCAAAAAGGAUAAAGAAAUCAUCGCGGAUUACGAGAGUCAAGUAAAAGAGAUCCGGGCCCAGUUGGUGGAGCAGCAGAAAUGUAUGGACCAGCAGACAGAAAUGAGGGUCCAGCUGCUGCAGGAUCUCCAGGACUUCUUCAGGAAAAAGGCAGAGAUUGAGAUGGAGUACUCCAGAAACCUGGAGAAGCUAGCCGAGCGCUUCAUGGCAAAGACCCGCAGCACCAAGGAUCACCAGCAGUACAAGAAAGACCAGAACCUGCUGUCACCAGUCAACUGUUGGUACCUGCUCCUGAACCAAGUGAGGAGGGAGAGUAAAGACCACGCCACACUGAGCGACAUCUACCUCAACAACGUCAUCAUGAGGUUCAUGCAGAUCAGCGAGGACUCCACGCGGCUACUAAAGAAGAGCAAGGAAAUAGCCUUUCAGCUCCAGGAAGACUUAAUGAAGGUCCUAAAUGAGCUAUACACAGUGAUGAAAACCUAUCACAUGUACCACUCGGAGAGCAUCAGCGCCGAGAGCAAGUUGAAGGAGGCUGAGAAGCAAGAGGAGAAGCAGAUCGGCAGGGGAGAUCCGGUCUUCAGUAUCCGAAUGGAGGACAAAUACCAGAAACGCAACUCCGUGAAGAAGAUUGAGAAGAUGAAAGAAAAGCGUCAAGCCAAGUACUCAGAGAACAAGAUGAAGUCGAUCAAAGCGCGGAACGAGUACCUACUGACACUGGAAGCGUCAAACUCCUCCGUUUUCAAAUACUACAUCCACGACUUGUCGGACUUAAUUGAUUGCUGUGAUUUGGGGUACCACGCUAGUCUGAAUCGGGCAUUGCGGACCUACCUAUCAGCUGAAUAUAACCUCGAGACGUCACGCCAUGAGGGUCUUGACAUUAUUGAAAAUGCUGUGGACAGUCUGGACCCACGCAGUGAUCGGCAGAGGUUCAUGGAGAUGUAUCCUACGGCCUUCUGCCCACCGACAAAGUUCGAGUUCCAGCCUCACAUGGGAGAUGAGGUGUGUCAGAUCUCAGUGCAGCCGCCAGUGAACGGAGAGCUUAUACUGAGGUUCCAGCAGCUGCAGUCUCGCCUGGCUACCUUGAAGAUCGAAAAUGAAGAGAUCAAAAAGACGUCAGAGGCCACCUUGACCACCAUUCAGGACAUGGUGACCAUCGAAGACUACGACGUGUCCGAGUGUUUCCACCACAGUAGAUCCACCGAGUCGGUCAAGUCCACUGUGUCGGAGACGUACCUCAGCAAGCCCAGCAUUGCCAAGAGGAGGGCCAACCAGCAGGAGACAGAGCAGUUCUACUUCAUGAAAUUCCGGGAGUUUCUGGAGGGCAGCAAUCUCAUCUCCAAACUGCAGGCCAAACAUGACUUACUGAAGAGGACACUUGGUGAAGGCCACCGAGCUGACUACAUGACCACAAGCAGACAUCCCAAUGGUCCGCUCAAAACCCACACUGGCACCCGGCGGGCUAGACCCCGCUCUGUUUUUAAUGUUAGGUUAUUUAAUGGCAAUUUGGAGUCAUUUAUCAAGGACUCCGGACAAGCUAUCCCCCGUGUGGUUGAAAGCUGUAUUCGCUACAUAAAUUUGUAUGGCCUCCAACAUCAAGGAAUAUUUCGUGUAUCUGGAUCCCAGCUGGAAGUCAAUGACAUAAAGAACUCAUUUGAGAGAGGAAACGACCCUCUGACAGAUGAGGAGAAUAACCAUGACAUCAACUCGGUGGCUGGCGUUCUCAAACUUUACUUCCGGGGUCUGGAGAACCCUCUUUUCCCCAAAGAGAGGUUCAAUGAUCUGCUCUCGUGCAUCAGAAUAGAAAACCUGUAUGAGAGAGCGCUGUACAUCCGCAAGAUCCUCCUGACCAUUCCGAGAUCGGUCCUCAUUGUCAUGCGCUACCUCUUCGCCUUCCUCAACCACCUGUCCCAGUACAGUGACGAGAACAUGAUGGACCCGUACAACCUGGCCAUAUGCUUUGGCCCUACACUCAUGCCCACGCCAGACAGCCAGGACCAGGUGUCCUGCCAGGCCCACGUCAAUGAGAUCAUCAAGACCAUCAUCAUCCACCAUGAGACCAUCUUUCCUGAUGCCAAAGAACUGGAUGGCCCCAUCUACGAGAAGUGCAUGGCUGGAGGAGACUAUUGCGAGAGCCCCUACAGUGAGCAUGGAGCCCUGGAGGAGGUAGACAAUGAGGGAGGAACGGAGACGCACACCAGUGAGGACGAGGGUGAGCCCAUUGAAGCCAUCGCCAAGUUUGACUAUGUCGGGCGCUCAUCCAGGGAGUUGUCCUUCAAGAAGGGCGCCUCUCUGCUGCUGUAUCAACGGGCGUCUGAAGACUGGUGGGAGGGACGCCACAACGGCAUUGACGGCCUAGUGCCACACCAGUAUAUUGUGGUCCAGGACAUUGAUGACAACUUCUCAGACACUCUGAGUCAGAAGGCUGACAGCGAAGCCAGCAGCGGCCACGCCGGCGAGGAUAAAUGCUCGGGAAAAGACAUCGGCUCGCCCACUGACACAAAGAUCUCUGAGGCUUACAUCACCAGCAGACACAGGAAAAGAUCAGAACCGCCCUCUCGGCGGCCUCCUGCCCGCCCCAGUGAUGUCCACUGCAAGGUGCACCCUUCCCAGCAGGGUCACAGCGGGCAUGGAGGCACUCCUGAGAUGGGCUCCCCAGUCCUUGGCCAUUUCAGCCCACGGGACAUGCUGCGGAGUCGUAACCACUUGCCCAUGGACAGCCCAGAGCGUAGGCGCCGCACUGGUCACAGCAGCCUGACCAACAUCAGCCGCCACGAGUCCCUGAAGAAGAUGGAGAGCCCUCCGAUCCGCCGCUCCACCUCUUCGGGCCAGUACACAGGCUUCACUGACACCCACCACCACCAUGGCGGCAAGCCCCUGGAUCCGGAGACCAUCGCACAGGACAUAGAAGAAACAAUGAACACGGCCCUGAAUGAGCUGCGGGAGCUGGAGCGGCAGAGCUCAGCCAAACAUGCCCCUGACGUGGUGCUGGACACCCUGGAGCAGCGGCAGACCUCCGGCAGUAGCGGCGGGGGCCCCACGCCGGCCAGUUCCAGCGAGUCCCUCAGCCCCAUUCACGGCGUCAUGCUGAGGUCCACCGCCAACACUGAGCCGCCCAUCCGCCGCAGCACCAGCUCCUCCAGCGAUACCAUGAGCACCUUCAAGCCUAUGGUAGCACCCCGCAUGGGGGUGCAGCUUAAACCCCCCGCCUUGAGACCCAAGCCCAUGGUCCUGCCCAAAUCCAACCAGGUCCCACAGCCUCCAGCUACAUCUCAGGAGUCUCUGGACAAGUCCUGCACCAUGUAACCUCUGGGACUGAAACCAGACACGAAAAACAAGAUAAACUCUCAAUAACCAACAUCCACGGCGGCUUCAAAGUGCCAGCAAUGUCCCUACUUUAAAGAUCGUGUAGAAUACAUGGACCUGGAGAGGAAAAGACAACUCACAUUUUGAGCUAGCCGUUUCCUUUUGGUGUUCUGAAGUUAAAAAAGUAGAUCCUUAAGGUCACUCUGACACUAGUGUAGGAGUUAGGAAUUUGUCAGCAGGACAAAUCUUCUGUCUCAAUAACACGUGCACAGUUAUGUGUUUAAGCUUCAGUUAAUAUUAUCUAACAUAAGUCUGUUUCUUAAAGAACUCAAACAACAAAUCACAAAGGCUUCCUUUAAGGUUUUAGAAAAUGUACAAUAGUUAGUUUAGUUUACAGACAUUCAUGAACUGUGUAACUCUGAACAAAACACAGGGCAUGUAACUCUUCUGUUUACCACUGAACCUGAAACGGAGCUUGAUGAGAACUGUAGUGACCACAGUGGCAUUCUCACCAGUAGAAUU